AUGGUCAACUUUAUUCCACUCUUUAAAACACUGCUUACGGUGGGGCUUUUGGGCAGUGGAUUCGAUAAAGUGGUGGAUAACUUUGAUGGUAGGUUUUUGUGAUAAAAAAUUAGAUAAAAAAGGAGGUUUUUAACAUUUGUAAAUAGUAAGAAAACUGAAAAUUAUUUUAAGUUUAAAUUUUUGCUAAAAUAUUACUGUACUUUAAAGCUACCACGCUUUAAAACGUCAUAAAAUAAACCAAAAAAGCAUUUGCAUUGGCCGGGAAUCGAACCCGGGUCGCCCGCGUGGCAGGCGAGCAUUCUACCACUGAACCACCAAUGCACGCCUCCCUCCUCUCUUCAUUUCUUUCCCAAUCCUUUUCCCUUCGCAAAACAAGUUUUCAGAGCAGAGAAUAGCGCGCGCUGACGAACACAAAUACCUAGACCGGUUGAAUCCAAAACAAUUUGGACAAUUCUUCAAUCUUAUCGAUGUUACCGGACUAAAAGAGGAAGAUUUGGUUGAUAAUGCUAAGAAAUUGGCUGAAGAACCAAAAAUUGCACAGAGCGCGAAAUUGUUGGUGGUGGAUGUGUUGAAGGCCAACAAUAUUAGUGAUGAAGUUGUGGAAUUUAUUGAAGAAGUAAGUUUUUAGGGGCAUAAAAGGACGUUCUUUCGAUUUGUCGCAAAAUAUUUAUGAAAAUGGCACUAGAAAUUAGAGAAAAUCGAUGGAAACCAUCAAUUUUUAGCCCAAAACACCGGUUUUUUUAGUCAAAUAAGAAGAUACCUUAUGCUUUCUUACAUUUUUUUACUUUCAACAAGCUAAAAUACCAAAAAAACUCCAUUUAAAAUACGACAACGCCAGUUUAAGGUUCAAAAACAUAAAAACAGUAAGUUAUCGACCAUUUUAGGCUGGAAACCAGUCUCAAUUCUUGUUAAAGACCAUAAAUGGAGAAGAAGACGACGUGCCAGAAGCUUUGAAGCCAAUUCUGACAAAGUUCAGAAAAAUCUCCGGAUCUGACAGUAAAUUAUUAGAAAAGGUGCUUGGAGCUACAGUUAACAUUUUGAACUGUAAGUUACUUUAACUUAAAAGAAUCUUAUCCUAAACCCUUUCAAAUCAUAUCAAAUCUUAUCCGUGAACCACAAUCUUAAGCCAAUAAUGACAUUUUAGCGCCAGAAGCAGUUCAAUUAGUUGAAAAGCAAUCUCCCAAGCCUAAAACCGAGUCUAUCUCAACCACAACGGCCAAACCAACAACUCAAAAACAGCCUACAAAGCUUCAUGAUGAACCUGUCAGUGCUGGUAACAGCUAUCAAACCAUUUCUAUGGCUGUUCUGCCACUUUUGAUGGCUUUUACCUUACACUAG